CUAGUGGACGGUUCUUCAGAAACAGCUCGUCAACCACCUCGGUAGCUUGCUAGCCAACAUAGCCGAAAGAUUCAAGCUAUUUAUACGCUUUCGGUGUAUAUUAGCUACUGUGUUUUAGCCACACUUCUAUCGUAUCAACUUGUUAACCUAUUUAAUUGAAUAUUACGUUUUUUUGUAUUAGUCAGCUAUAGUAGCUGGCUGGUUAAGUUAGCACUAGCCUAGUCGCUAAUGAUAGCUAGCUAGCUAACAUCCCCGACCAUGAGGUCAGUAAGCUUCUCCCCUCUUGUUAAAGAAGAGGUCUGCUGGACGGAGAAAGAGGGUCUGGGGCUGAACAUUGCCGUGAAAGAGGAGGAGGAAGAAGAGGAUGUCACAGUGAAACAAGAAGUAGAGGGUGAGGCUGUUACAGUGAAAGAGGAAGACGUUACAGUGAAAGAAGAGGAGAAAGACGUUUCAGUGAAAGAGGAGGAGGAUGUUACAGUAAAAGAAGAGGAGGAUGUUACAGUAAAAGAAGAGGAGAUGGAUGUGAAAGAGGAGGACGCAGUUAUUGGUGUGAAAGAGGAGGAGGGGGAGAUUACUGUCACAUUGGAGGAAGAAGAGGAGGUUGGAGAUCUGUUUAACCCCAGAGAGAUACGGGACUAUCGUGGAUCCUCUGGGGAGCCUCAGCAACCUUAUGAUGCUGACGAGGCAGAGAAGAGUCUCUCCAGAUCAGAACACCAGCAGAGAUCCACAGGGAAGAAAUCUCACUUCUGCUCUGACUGUGGGAAAGGUUGCACAUCUUCAUCAGAACUUAAAAUACACCAGAGAACACACACAGGAGAGAAACCGUAUAGCUGUGGUCAAUGUGGGAAGAGUUUUACUCAGCUAAACAACCUGAUAGUACACCAGCGUACACACACUGGAGAGAAACCUUAUAGCUGUGAUCAAUGUGGGAAGAGUUUUACUCAGCUAAACAACCUGAUAGUACACCAGAGAACACACACAGGAGAGAAAUCUUAUAGCUGUGAUCAAUGUGACAAGAGAUACGCUGAUAAAAGAUCUCUGAUCAAACAUCAGAAAAUGCAUACAAGAAGAAGUUGUUUCAUGAUAUCAAUGAAAUAAUGUCACAAUGUAGAAUGUUUUAACAUUGUAGUAGGAGUAUUUUAAUGAUAUCACAAUGUAGAAUGUUUUAACAUUGUAGUAGGAGUAUUUUAAUGAUAUCACAAUGUAGAAUGUUGUAACAUUGUAGUAGGAGUUUUUUAAUGAUGUUUUAAUGAUGUUCUACCUUAUCGUUUGCCCUGUUCAAUUGAUUGCAGCAUGAUAUGUAUAUUAGCCUCAGGGGAAAUCCAGGCUCUGAAUUGAAAGAGUAUUAUUUAACAAGAAGUGUCUAACAAAAAAAGAGCUGUGUUACACUUACUGCUUUGGUGACCCACUUUAAUCAAAAUGCAGCACUUCAAAAUGUAGCUAGCUGUUUUCUACGAGUUGAAAAAGCUGCUUGUUUAAAAAAAAUACAUGUAAUAUGAUAAUUGUUGCAGAUGUUUGUGUAUAUACACACAUGAAAGCAGUAUAAUAAAUUGGUCUAUAAUCAAUUUUAUUGACAAUCUGACAUCACUCCAGUAUUUCUUGACAACAUUCAAAUGCUAAUUGUCUUUAUUCCACUACUGAAGAAGCAUGACUCAAAAGUAAUCAUAAUUAUUUAUGCAACCAGCUGACUGUUUUUGUGUAUAAUUAUAUUGACAAUGUUGCCCUGCUUUUAGAAUAUCAGGGUUCAUUCUCAGAUGAGCUAACCCAAAUGCAUGACAUUGGGGACUGGGCCCGACCCAACAACAUGCCUAUCGAGUAAACCCUGAAAGAGAGAGCGAAGUAGGGUGGAAUGUUACUACGGAUAUUGCAGGAGUUGGUUGCUGAUUGUCUCAAGGGUGGGCAGUCAACAAGUUUUGCGUUUAGCCAGUGCGUUGCCAUGGAUCACAAUUUAUUUUGACUGCACGUUUUUCCGUAUUGGAGAUUUAGUUUUUUGGGCUCAUUCCAAGGGGACCAGAGUUCUAGAAGCGAGUGAGUUUUAGGAAGAGGAGGGUUCUAGUAGCCAGUACUAUAAUACUAUUGUAUAUUAUUAUUUAGAAAUGUGUUUUUUCUUGUUUUUAAUUGUUGACAGCCAGUAGACACUAUGUUUAUAUUGUAGUUGAUUAUGUGAAAUGGAAGUUGUUUUCUGUUGGAGGUGAGCAUACUUGUCCAACAAAAAUAUAGGAUAUAUUUGUUGUCUAAAGGGGGAAGGUGUUACGGGCUUUGGUUUUUCCAUUUAUGUUUUGAGGUUGGACUUUAGCACGUAUAGCUCGUUAGCACGUAUAGCUCGUUAGCACGUAUAGCUCGUUAGCACGUAUAGCUCGUUAGCACGUAUAGCUCGUUAGCACGUAUAGCUCGUUAGCACGUAUAGCUCGUUAGCACGUAUGCUCGUUAGCACGUAUAGUUCGUUAGCACGUAUAGCUCGUCAGGACGUAUAGCUCGUCAACACGUAUAGCUCAUAGCACGUAUAGCUCGUCAGCACGUAUAGCUCGGUACCACGUAUAGCUCAUCAGGACGAAUAGCUCGUCAGCAUGUAUAACUCGUUAACAUGUAGGACGCACUGAUUGGUGUCACCUCGUUAGUCAGUAUGUGUUACACCUGUGCUGGCUUGUCCAUCUCGUUAGUGGGAAGGUGUUUCACCUGAGCUGGUCCAGGUUCUAUUUAAGAGUGUCUGGCCCAGUGCUCCAGUUGUUUUGAUAGAUGUGGAGAGUCAACACCUUUAGUUGCUCCACCUUUUUGGUUUGCUUCCUGUCUGUAAGUUUGGUGUGAGUUUUUCUUUUGUUUGCCUCUUCUUGGGCAGAUUUAGUGGGUCUCAUGGUGGGUGUCUUUUAGGUCCCAGUUGUUGUUACUAGUCAACUUUCAGUCGACACCCCCAUAGUGUCUUUCAGAACCCCUCCUAAAAAACAAGCUUAUAUUUUGGGUUGGGUUGGAUAUAGCAUCAUAUUGUUUAUAUUUUAAUCAAUGGCAUUUCCUUGCAAUGUUCAUUAGUCUUUCAGUUGUUAUUCUUCUGUUUUUUAUCCUCUUAUGUUUGUUGUAUACUAAAUAUUUCUGUUUAUUUUCUUAGUUUUUUUCCUGUGAAGCCAUUGUGUUGCAUCCAUGUCUGACAUGUGCUGUAUAAAUAACGCUUGAUUUGAAAAUA